AUGAUGUCGACUCCACCCCAAUCGCCACAACUCAACUUGCUUGAAGGCUAUCUAAAUACCAGGAAUAACAUAACAAUCGGAGACAUUGGACUGCAAAGAUACAUCUUUGUUGCAGUCCACUCCUCUGCGACAAACGAAUCAGAAGUAGUUCCAAAAGCCAUUCAAUUUGUGGAAUACUUGAAAACCGACAAGAUUAUUACACCAGCAAUAUCAAAACUAUUCACCAUCAAGUUACCAGAUGAGGAUCGCAAGCAUGAAAUCUUGAACUUUCCCACAAUUUUUCAGGAUAUAGCUGCCCCCGAGAAGAGAGUUAUUAACGAAACCUAUACAUUGUACCGAGAAAUACACAGAAGAAUGAUAGGGCAGAUGAUGACAACACUAGGUUUUGGCUACAUGAAAGCUGUUAGUGAAAUGGGAGGUGUUCCAGAAAUUUCAAAAAAAUUGGAGGAAGAAUAUUUAAAAGACUCAGUCCCUUUAAAAGUCCUUCAAGUAAAAGAAUUCUGGGAAGAAAAAAUGCAUGCAGACACAAUGGAAUAA